UCUUCCGAUGCUUCUUCACGAGUCGCAGCCCACUUUUGUUGUCCUUUUAGAUCUCUCUCUCUCUUUCUUCUUAAUUCAAGAGAUCCUCGUAUUACUCAACACUAAAGUCAAUUCGAUCGCGUGUCUUAAAAAUCAAUAAGCUAGCUUGUGAUUUUGGGUUUGGAACUUGGGAACGAUGUCAAAGUUUCAGAGCAAUUUCAACCAGAAGAUAGAUUAUGUCUUCAAGGUAGUCUUGAUCGGCGACUCUGCUGUUGGUAAAUCUCAGCUCCUCGCUAGGUUUUCAAGAAACGAGUUCAGUAUCGAAUCUAAAGCAACCAUCGGUGUCGAGUUUCAGACAAGAACACUUGAGAUCGAUCAUAAAACUAUCAAAGCUCAGAUAUGGGACACUGCUGGUCAAGAACGGUAUCGAGCAGUGACGAGUGCAUACUAUAGAGGAGCAGUAGGGGCAAUGCUAGUUUACGACAUAACGAAACGACAGUCGUUUGAUCAUGUAGCGAGAUGGUUAGAAGAAUUGAGAGGGCAUGCUGACAAAAACAUUGCGCUUAUGCUUAUAGGAAACAAGACUGAUCUCGGGUCACUUCGAGCUGUAACAACCGAGGAUGCUAAAGAAUUUGCUCAAAGAGAAAACCUGUUUUUCAUGGAGACGUCAGCCUUGGAUUCCAACAAUGUCGAGCCGUCUUUUCUCACGGUUCUGACUGAGAUCUAUCGAAUCGUGAGCAAAAAGAAUCUUGUUGCCAAUGAGGAAGGAGAAUCUGGAGGAGACUCUUCCCUCUUGCAAGGAACUAAAAUUGUUGUUGCUGGAGAAGAGACUGUUACUAAAGGGAAGGGUUGUUGUGGAACAUCAUAGAAUCAUAAGAGCCAGAUUACUCUCAACAAAGGACAUGAACUUACUCGAGAAGGCAAUAUCUUCCAUAUGUGUUGUGAUAAACACAGAGACAACAUUUCGAGUACUCGUCCGAAUGAAUCUUUGCAACCUCGAGGACAUCAAAUACAUCUGAUGAUUUCAUUGAGGCGACGAGGUGGUUUCUGCAGACUUCUUGGAGGUAUGGAAUCUCGUAUUUGUCUGCGCCAUUUUCGUCUCAGGAAUCGAACCGUUGUAUAUCAACUCAAGAAACGUCUCUAGCUCAUCGUGUGUCAUCUCUGAAGAGUGAUUGUGUUGUCCGAUGAAAUCUUGCAAUCAUCUGAAUCCAAUA